AUGAGUGUUGGGGGCGGGGGGGGGUAAAGGGGCUUCACGGUCUGUGUGCAAGAGGACUAAUAGGAGCUUUCACAACAGAUAAAUGCCCGGCGGGGAAGAGAUUUGGGAAUUUGAGCAACGGUGCGCUCGCCGCGCGCUCUAGGUGCGAUGCUCGCAGGGGGACGCGCGCGGAGGGACGCGAUGAUGACGAUGGAGGGACACGGAAUAGAUAAUAAUUCGGCGCCACGUUGAGGACAUCGGGGGGUCGAGCGGGAGCUCUUCUUCGAACGAUUUCGAGACAACAUCACCACGUCCAGAGCUGGGGCGGACCCGCGGCGCGGACCUGACUGAGCACAGGAUCAGAACAAAAAAAAAAAAAAAAAAAAGUGGUGCGUAACGGGAGGCUGUGUGUGGUGGUGCGCAAAUAUCACAGAGACGGUUAUCAUCGGAGGGAGAUGCUGUAGCCGGGGGAGCGCGUGCAGCCUCUCUGCAUCCUGCCCUGCUCUUCGCACGAGGAUGGAGGUCUCCACCACCUACACCUAAUGAGGAAAUGCUCCAGGAGAAGGUCUCGGCUGUGACUGAUGGAGGCGUGAACGCGGCCCACGCUCCCGGGCUUUGCGAGAUUGCCCCCGAGCCCUCGAACCUGGGCCCUGCUGCACCGGCCAGCGACCAGCACAGCAAUGAGGCCGACCAGAGCAUUGAGAACAUCAAGGUGUUCCUUCACGAGCGGGAGCUGUGGAAGAAGUUUCACGAGGCGGGAACCGAGAUGAUCAUUACUAAAGCGGGCCGGAGGAUGUUCCCUGGCUACAAGGUGAAGGUGACGGGGAUGAACCCAAAGACCAAGUACAUCCUCCUGGCGGACAUCGUCCCGGCCGAUGAUCACCGCUACAAGUUCUGCGACAACAAGUGGAUGGUGGCGGGGAAAGCGGAGCCGGCUAUGCCCGGGCGGCUGUACGUCCACCCCGACUCCCCAGCUACAGGCGCCCACUGGAUGCGGCAGCUCGUUUCCUUUCAGAAGCUGAAGCUCACCAACAACCACCUGGAUCCGUUUGGUCACAUCAUCCUCAACUCGAUGCACAAGUACCAACCCAGGCUGCACAUCGUCAAGGCGGAUGAGAACAACGGCUUCGGCUCCAAAAACACCGCCUACUGCACCCACGUGUUCCCCGAAACGGCCUUCAUCUCCGUGACGUCCUACCAAAACCACAAGAUCACGCAGCUGAAGAUCGAGAACAACCCAUUUGCUAAGGGCUUCCGGGGCAGUGACGAAGGGGACUUGCGCUUGUCUCGUCAGCAUGGGAAGGACUACCCUGUGAUCUCCAAGAAUAUGGUCCGGCAGAGACUGGUGACCUCACACACCCAUCUGACAGGAAAGCUCGGUGCAGGACUGCUCCAGGCACACCCACAAGUCCUGCCUCACUACCAGUAUGAAAGCGGCAUCCCCUUGGCCAACUCUGAUACCCAAGAUACUCUCGCCAACGCCUUUCCUUCUGGCCGAGAGCCUGGCCUGCUCUACCACUGCUUCAAACACAGAGAUAACUCCAGGCACCUGGAGUUGGGAUGCAAGCGUCCGUACCUGGAAACGGCGCCUUCUGCUGUCUCGGAAGAGCACUACUUCCGUUCUCCGACCUCCUAUGAGCCCCCUCUGCUGUCCCACUCCUACUGUGGGGAAGCACAUGGAACCCGAGAAGCCUGCAUGUACGGAGGAGAGGAAGGGGAUCCUGGGGUUGGUGGGGGGCCAGCUGGAGUGGACAGCCUGGCACCGCCCUCACUAAACUGUAAUAUGUGGGCAUCUGUGCAGCCCUACCCUCGGUACAGCAUGCAGGCGGUGGAUGCUGUCUCCUACCAGCCUUUUGCUACACAUUUCAGCAGUGCUGCUGCUGCCGCCUCUGCCACGAUGCCUCACCAUUCAGUCUCAGCACAGCGCCCACAGCCCCCACCCCCUGACAUGACCAUCUACGCUCCUGUUGGCACACAGAGGGGUCUGCCACCUGCACACUCCUCUUCCUCCCCCUGCUCCUCAUCCUCAUCUUCACCUGCGCUCGGCCCAGGGAACAGAGCGCCGCACCCCUCCCUCUACCCCAGGAAGCCAGGGACGUCCCCAGGACCCCUUCCACACAGGGACUUUUCAGCAUUUCAUCCUCAGAGCCCCCAGCCUGUGAGGGACCCCCCCUAUCAGUACCCAAUGGGGAUGAGCAACACCGGGGUCCACUGGACUGACAGCUAGUGCGGGUCCGAGACGCCACACCAAGUUGCACAAUAAGAGCUGUCACUCCGUGCAAGCUGACCUCUCUUCUAGUUAUCCUGAAAUGAGAUUACAUACAUAAGCAGUAAUGAUUAUCUUACCGAGUUGCACACUAAAGCCAUAGUACAGUCUUUCUCAACUGUGGUUCUUGUGUACCAUUGUGCAUGAGGGAUUUUGUUGCAAGGAUCUCUUGUGUUGACAUUACUCAAAACACAUCAAACCACAAACGUUAGAGGACAUGCUCCAUAAACCAAAUUAGCGUAUGGAAAUAGUUCAUUCUCACCAGUACAGCUUUUCAUUCAUUUUAUUUUUCAUGAAAUUUAGUUGGAAUUGAAUAAAUCAGUGUUCAUCAAAACUUAAAAAGCUACGGAAAAUUAAGUACUUAACAGUUACACACCCAAAAAAUAAUGAACAUAUUAUUAUUCAGCAAUGAGAAAGAAAACGUUUGCCAAUCUUUUCACUAUAACAGAUAUUCUGCAAAUGGCAUACAUUCAGUUUAAUACAAUAAAUUACAGUUCAUAAAUGCAAGGGGUUUGGUUUAGUAUUAUUUCAAUAAUGCACUUCAUCCAAUGGACAGCAUAACUGUGACUGGUUGAAUGCACAGGUUCAUGAGAACCAGGGUCGGGAACAACUGCCCUAGUAAGUAGUUUAGGAAGAGCAGGGUGCAGACUUUAUGGUUAAAUUCAAGCAGCACAUUUCUUUCGGCUCGCAGGCUAAAGGCCUUUUGUCUGCAUUGACUUGUUUUUUUAUUGGUUUCUAAAAAACUUUGCAUUACAGUAUUUUGUACAGAAUUCCAUAAAACAAAUUCUGAAACAUUGCAGAUGGCACACAGUGAUCUUAAUGUGCUGUAUCAGAUACCAUUGAUACGCAAAAAUAUUUUUGAUAAUUAUAAUAAUCAGUAAGUAUACG